GAGUGAUGACGUAGACACCCCCGAUGUUUACGACGGCUUUUUGCUAAUUGAAUGAAAAUGCGGCAAGAAGAGCUACAGACACAGGAUUAGUAUUUCGCAGAAAGUCUGGAAGUAUCGUUCUCACAAUGACGAACAGGACAUCUUACUUUUAUGACCCAGACGUGGGCAACUUUCAUUACGGUGCUGGCCAUCCCAUGAAGCCUCAUCGUUUGUCUCUCACUCACAGCCUGGUGUUGCAUUAUGGACUCUACAAGAAAAUGAUGGUGUUCAAGCCGUACAAAGCUUCUCAGCACGACAUGUGUCGGUUUCACUCUGAAGACUACAUCGACUUCCUGCAGAAAGUCAGCCCCAAUAACAUGCAGGGCUUCACAAAGAGCCUCAACACGUUCAACGUGGGCGAUGACUGUCCUGUGUUUCCAGGUCUGUUUGAGUUCUGUUCAAGAUACACAGGAGCAUCUUUACAGGGAGCCACACAGCUCAACCACAAGAUCUGUGACAUUUCCAUUAACUGGGCUGGAGGUUUACAUCAUGCUAAAAAAUUUGAGGCGUCUGGGUUUUGCUACGUCAACGACAUCGUCAUCAGUAUCUUGGAGCUUCUAAAGUACCACCCCAGAGUUCUGUACAUCGACAUAGACAUUCACCACGGCGACGGCGUCCAGGAAGCCUUCUACCUGACGGACAGAGUCAUGACCGUGUCCUUCCACAAAUAUGGGAACUACUUUUUUCCAGGAACGGGCGACAUGUAUGAAGUCGGAGCAGAGAGCGGCCGUUACUACUGCCUCAACGUGCCGCUCAGAGACGGCAUCGACGACCAGAGCUACAGGCAGCUGUUCCAGCCAGUCAUCAAACAGGUGGUGGAUUUCUACCAGCCGACCUGCAUCGUCCUGCAGUGUGGAGCCGACUCGCUGGGCUGCGACAGACUGGGCUGCUUCAACCUCAGCAUACGGGGACACGGGGAGUGUGUGGAGUUCGUGAAGAGUUUUAAGAUUCCUCUGCUGGUCCUCGGGGGAGGAGGCUACACAGUGAGAAAUGUGGCUCGCUGCUGGACGUAUGAGACGUCUCUGUUACUGGAUGAAUCCAUCAGUGAUGAGCUGCCUUAUAGCGAAUAUUUUGAGUACUUUGCUCCGGACUUCACGCUGCAUCCCGAUGUCAGCACCAGGAUAGAAAACCAGAACUCCAGACAGUACCUGGAGCAGAUCCGUCAGACUGUGUUUGAAAACCUGAAGAUGCUGAACCACGCGCCCAGCGUCCAGAUCCACGACGUUCCGUCCGACAUGCUGAGCUACGAGCGCAACGACGAGCCCGACCCCGACGAGAGGGGAGCUGAGGAAAACUACACCAGGCCAGAAGCAGCUAACGAGUUCUACGAUGGCGACCACGACAACGAUAAAGAGAGCGAUGUGGAAAUUUAAGCCAAGCUGGAGCUUUUCUGGACGGAGUCGACCUCUGGGAUCAUACGGACGUCAGUCAGCUGGCGCAGAGUUUCUUUCCUCACAGCAGGAAGAGCCUUAGUGAUUCAUCAGUUGUGCUUUUCAUGAACACUGAAAUACGCGGUAUGUUUUUAUUCACCCCAUGUAGUCAUGUUAGCUUCAUUAUGAAAGGUUUGGAUAAAAGGGCAGAAAAACUGAAUUUAGAAGCCACAUAAGCCAGUUCAGCCUGAGACUUUAGUUCUAUAAAGACAAAAUACAGGGAAAGAGGCAGGAAUAGAAUAAAAAUGCAAUUAAACACAUUUUAAAAACAAAUUAUUUUGGUGUUAGACCAUCACCAGUUUUUUAAUCAUUAAUUUUACAGUUUGAGACCCUUUAUUUAAAAUCUAGCAUUAUUCACCUGCUUACAGCUCUGAUGUCGGAUCCUGGUGUAAAUAUUUCCAGCUUCAGGUGAACAAGAAUCCAGGAAUUACUCCCCUCCAUCUUUGUGAUGUUCAGACUGCAGUGUUCCUCUUUAGCCACAAACGGCUUUCGUGUGACUUUUGAUAGCUUUUAAUAAAGAAAAUUAAAAAAAG